AUGCAAACCCACUUGAAGAGUCGUCAGCAGCAGCGUCAAAGCUACCGCGACGACUUCCCCGUGGCGGCGAGAGUCGACGACUCGGUGGCAGCAGAUUUUGACGAUUCGAAAUCGAAAAAGCGCGUUAACACUCCGCGCCUUUUUUUCUGGUGGAGAAAAGCGAAAAAGUCGCGCGAUGUGGUCGCGCUUUCGAUCGUGUUCCUCCUGACUUUUUUUCUCUCCUACUCUUUGACGUCGUCGUCCUCGUCGUCGUCUUUUGAGUCGAACAGCUUUGGACCAGCGGUGCAACGCGGUCUCGCGCUGCGAAAGAAAUUCGCCGAACAAUCAGCCGCUUCUUCUAACCACGCGUACAGAUACUCGAACAGCCAUCACGCGUUGGAGUACUCGACUCGCAGACAAUUGUUGGCGACUGCAUAUCCUGAAAUCGAUGAAAUUUCACCUCCAGUGACGACGUGCAGCGUGACUGGAGAAUCUUACGUCGUGCAAGGUGCCGAUACCGCGGGAGACUUUGGCUCUCGAAUGUGUUGUUCUUCGUAUUAUGCGACGGAGGUGACCUUUUGCGGGUACACGACGACGGCGCCCAGUUUCGAGUAUGCAAUGCACGUGACGUCGGGUAGAACGUCGACGACGAGUAUAAGCUCGGGAGCGACGGAAACGGGAGAGGGUGACUGUAAAACGUACGAUACUUCCGCGGCGCCCGCGAAGAUUUGCGUGUACACGGAGUGCCAGACCACCGAUAUGGCUGACUGCACGUUUUCCGAGGAGGGGGGGCAUUCGGUUACAUUUACUCACGCGCCUUGGCCGAGUCCACCGCCAACGCCGAGCCCACCUCCAGCGCAAGCUGCAGUCGAUGCCACGAUGGAGCUAACGGGAUACAGCGCGGCCGAGUUUGGUGAAGCGCAAAAGACGGCGUUUAAGAAAGGCAUGGCGGCGUAUUUGAACGUUGGCGCCGAUGCUAUUACGGUGAAGAGUGUUAUCGACGUCGUCGACGCAAGUCGUCGUAAACUUCAAGCGGCUACGGACAAAGUAAAAAUCGAAUUUACGGUGGAAACAACCACUUAUGCCGAUAUUUCAGACGUGGAGGAAAAACUCGUCACUGAAGAUUCGACGAAGUUGAACGAAAUGGUAACUACUCUCAGUGCGCAAGCGGAUUUGACCGUUACCGCCGUUACCGCUCCGGUGUCGCUGACGAAACUCGCGCCGCCUCCUUCGCCUCCUCCGGAAGCUCAGGCAAUCAUAUCUGGUGCAAUUCCUCGUUUAACUCGACUUUUAUCGAUCGUAUCGCUCUUGUGUGCGGUUUCGAUGACCUAUGUUUUGUAA